AUGUUAUCUUUGUCAGUCAAAAAUCGCUGCACAGCGAGCAACUGUAUAACUGACAUUAUUAAGUCAUACCAUAUAAGAACUCUCACUACAAGCGUAAAAAAAAUGCCAUACAUCAAUCCCCCCUUUAUCACUACAGCCAGUAAUACAAAACUGAAAGCUUUCAGGAAAGUCAGGCCCGUCCUCCAAAGGCAUAGCUCUUCCUGGGUUGCUGGUCAAAGCCAUAGUCGUUCAUUAUCCGGCCAGUCUUCACUGAACGACCUGCGCCAUUUGAAUCGCUUCCCACACCACACAUUAAAAACCGGCAAUGAUGACUUUUAUCCUGCUGAACAAUUGACUUUGGAAGACGUAAAUGAAAAUGUCUUGAAGGCUAAGUAUGCUGUUAGAGGUGCCAUCCCCAUGAGAGCUGAAGAACUGAAAGCUCAAUUGGAGAAAGAUCCUCAAUCUUUGCCAUUCGAUAAGAUUAUCAAUGCCAAUAUCGGGAACCCUCAGCAACUACAACAGAAACCCUUGACCUACUACAGGCAGGUCUUGUCUCUCUUACAAUACCCAGAACUAUUAAACCAAAACGAACAACAACUAGUUGACUCGAAACUGUUCAAGCUAGAUGCCAUUAAACGUGCCAAAAGCUUGAUGGAAGACAUUGGUGGUUCUGUUGGUGCUUAUUCUUCUUCUCAGGGUGUGGAAGGUAUAAGGAAAAGUGUCGCCGAAUUUAUAACAAAGAGGGACGAUGGCGAGAUAUCUUAUCCGGAGGACAUUUUUCUAACUGCUGGUGCAUCCGCAGCCGUCAAUUACCUGUUAUCCAUAUUCUGUAGAGGUCCAGAAACAGGUGUCUUGAUUCCUAUUCCACAAUAUCCAUUAUACACUGCCACUUUGGCCCUGAACAAUUCUCAAGCUUUGCCGUACUAUUUGGACGAGCAAUCAGGGUGGUCAACUAAUCCAGAAGAAAUAGAAACCGUCGUCAAAGAAGCUAUACAAAACGAAAUCAAGCCUACUGUGCUAGUAGUUAUCAAUCCAGGUAAUCCUACCGGUGCUGUUUUAUCGCCAGAAUCUGUAUCCCAGAUUUUUGAAGUUGCAGCCAAGUAUGGCACAGUUGUGAUAGCUGACGAAGUUUAUCAAGAAAACAUUUUCCCUGGCACCAAGUUCCAUUCAAUGAAAAAAAUUUUGAGAACUCUACAGAGAGAACAUCCAGGUAAAUUCGAUAAUGUUCAGCUAGCUUCUUUGCACUCAACUUCUAAAGGUGUCUCUGGUGAAUGUGGCCAAAGAGGUGGUUACAUGGAACUCACCGGGUUCAGCCAUGAAAUGAGGCAAGUUAUUCUAAAACUGGCCUCGAUUUCAUUAUGUCCCGUCGUGACUGGCCAAGCUUUGGUUGAUUUAAUGGUUCGUCCACCAGUGGAAGGGGAGGAAUCAUUUGAGUUGGAUCAAGCAGAACGUAACUCUAUUCAUGAGAAGUUAAUUACAAGAGCAAUGACUUUGUAUGACACAUUCAACUCCUUGGAAGGAAUCGAAUGCCAAAAGCCUCAGGGUGCCAUGUACUUGUUUCCCAAGAUAGAUUUGCCUUUCAAAGCCGUUCAAGAAGCGCGCCAUUUAGAACUGACUCCUGACGAAUUUUAUUGUAAGAGCUUGUUAGAAUCUACGGGUAUUUGUACUGUUCCUGGUUCCGGAUUCGGCCAAGAACCAGGCACUUAUCAUUUAAGAACAACAUUCUUGGCACCUGGUCUUGAAUGGAUAAAGAAAUGGGAAACUUUUCACAAAGAGUUUUUUGACCAGUAUCGUGAUUAA